AUGGGCCCAUGGUCCGCUGGCCCGUAUCAUACGGGAUAUUAUGCACUGCUCCCGGUUGUUGAACUGCUGUGCGAUGAGCCCACACGUUGGGACUUGACCUACAUCAUUCUUAAUCGCUUAAGAACACUUCGGCAGGCUGUUGACGACUUCCUUGAUGAUAAUGAUCAAAGGGCUAUAUUCCAUCUGAAGUUAGAGCCAGUGGAAUGGCAAAUUUUGCAAGAUCUUGAGGUGGUCCUAGAGGCACCGCAUGCCAUUCAGCAAAGCAUGUCUAGCGAAAGCACGCCUGUGCUAAGUUGUACCAUUCCAGCUUUCGAAAGGUUGGUCAAAAAGUGGAAGGACUUGGCACAGCGCUUUGCGCACUUGGCACCUUUUGUCGCCAUUGGUUUAACUUGGACUGAUAAAUACCAUGACCGGAUGAACCACACAGGAGCAUAUGGAGUCGCCAUGUUCGUUGAUCCUGCGAUUCGUAUGUCUUGGAUGAAUGAUAAUUGGGACAUGGUCCGAGUCAACAAGGCCAGGGAUUAUAUUCUCGAACUGGUGCGUUUAUUUACCCUCAUAAAAGUGCAACUUUGA